AUGGGGGCAGACGGGGAAACAGUGGUCUUGAAGAACAUGCUCAUUGGCGUCAACCUGAUCCUUCUGGGCUCCAUGCUCAAGCCCUCAGAGUGUCAGCUGGAGGUCACCACGGAAAGGGUCCAGAGACAGGCGGUGGAGGAGGAAGGAGGCGCUGCCAGCUACAAUACAUCCGGCAAAGAGCAGCCGGUGGUCUUCAACCACGUGUACAACAUUAACGUGCCCCUGGACAGCCUCUGCUCCUCGGGGCUGGAGGCCUCGGCCGAGCAGGAGGUGAGUGCCGAAGACGAGGUGCUGACAGAGUACACGGGCCAGACCUCGGACCACGAGAGCCAGGUCACCUUCACCCACAGGAUCAACCUCCCCAGAAAGGCCUGCCCAUGCGCCAGCUCUGCCCAGGUGCUGCAGGAGCUGCUGAGCCGAAUCGAGAUGCUGGAGAGGGAGGUGUCAGUGCUUCGGGACCAGUGCACCAGCAACUGCUGCCAGGAAAGUGCAGCCACAGGACAACUGGAUUAUAUCCCUCACUGCAGUGGCCACGGCAACUUUAGCCUCGAGUCCUGUGGCUGCAUCUGCGAUCAAGGCUGGUUUGGCAAGAACUGCUCGGAGCCCUACUGCCCCCUAGGCUGCUCCAGUCGGGGCGUGUGUGUGGAUGGCCAGUGCAUCUGUGACAGCGAGUACAGCGGUGACGACUGCUCGGAGCUCCGGUGCCCGACAGACUGCAGCUCCCGGGGGCUGUGCGUGGACGGGGAGUGUAUCUGCGAAGAGGCCUACACUGGCGAGGACUGCAGCGAGCUGAGGUGCCCUGGGGACUGCUCAGGGAAGGGGAGAUGUACCAACGGUACCUGCCUGUGCCAGGAGGGCUACACUGGUGAGGACUGCGGCCAGCAGCGGUGUCUGAACGCCUGCAGUGGGCGAGGACACUGCCAGGAGGGGCUCUGCUUCUGUGAAGAGGGCUACCAGGGCCCUGACUGCUCGGCAGUUGCCCCUCCAGAGGACUUGCGAGUGGCUGGUAUCAGCGACAGGUCCAUUGAGCUGGAAUGGGACGGGCCGAUGGCAGUGACGGAAUAUGUGAUCUCUUACCAGCCGACGGCCCUGGGGGGCCUCCAGCUCCAGCAGCGGGUGCCUGGAGAUUGGAGUGGUGUCACCAUCUCGGAGCUGGAGCCAGGUCUCACCUACAACAUCAGCGUCUACGCUGUCAUUAGCAACAUCCUCAGCCUUCCCAUCACAGCCAAGGUGGCCACCCAUCUCUCCACUCCUCAAGGGCUACAAUUCAAGACGAUCACAGAGACCACCGUGGAGGUGCAGUGGGAGCCCUUCUCAUUCUCCUUCGAUGGGUGGGAGAUCAGCUUCAUUCCAAAGAACAAUGAAGGAGGGGUGAUUGCCCAGCUCCCCAGUGACGUUACAUCCUUCAACCAGACGGGAUUAAAGCCUGGGGAAGAAUACACUGUCAAUGUGGUGGCCCUGAAAGAGCAAGCCCGGAGCCCCCCUACCUCGGCCAGCGUCUCCACUGUCAUUGAUGGGCCCACGCACAUCCUGGUUCGAGAUGUCUCCGACACUGUAGCCUUCGUGGAGUGGACCCCACCUCGAGCCAAAGUCGAUUUCAUUCUCUUGAAGUACGGCUUGGUGGGCGGGGAAGGCGGGAAGACCACCUUCCGACUGCAGCCUCCCCUGAGCCAGUACUCGGUACAGGCCCUGCGGCCCGGCUCCCAAUACGAGGUGUGGGUCAGCGCAGUCCGUGGGACCAACGAGAGUGAGUCCACCACCACCCAGUUCACAACAGAGAUUGACGCCCCCAAGAACCUGCGGCGUGGUUCCCGCACAGCAACCAGCCUUGACCUUGAGUGGGACAAUAGUGAAGCAGAGGUUCAGGAGUACAAGAUUGUGUACAGCACCUUGGCGGGCGAGCAGUACCAUGAGCUGUUGGUCCCCAAGGGCAUCGGUCCAACCACCAGAGCCACGCUCACAGAUCUAGUGCCUGGCACUGAGUAUGGAAUUGGAAUAUCCGCCAUCAUGAACUCACAGCAAAGCGUACCAGCCACCAUGAAUGCCAGGACUGAACUUGACAGUCCUCGAGACCUCAUGGUGACAGCCUCCUCAGAAACCUCCAUCUCCCUCAUCUGGACCAAGGCCAGUGGCCCCAUUGACCACUACCGAAUUACAUUCACCCCAUCCUCUGGGAUCGCCUCCGAAAUCACUGUGCCCAAGGACAGGACCUCGUACACACUGACAGAUCUAGAGCCCGGCGCAGAGUACAUCAUUUCAAUCACAGCUGAGAGGGGUCGGCAGCAGAGCUUGGAGUCCACGGUGGAUGCCUUCACAGGCUUCCGCCCCAUCUCCCAUUUGCACUUUUCUCACGUGACCUCCUCCAGUGUGAACAUCACCUGGAGUGACCCAUCCCCUCCAGCAGACAGACUCAUUCUGAACUACAGCCCCCGGGAUGAAGAGGAAGAGACGAUGGAGGUCUCUCUGGAUGCCACCAAGAGGCAUGCUGUCCUGAUGGGCCUGCAGCCAGCCACCGAGUACAUCGUGAACUUGGUGGCAGUCCAUGGCACAGUGACCUCUGAGCCCAUCAUGGGCUCCAUCACCACAGGAAUUGAUCCCCCCAAAGACAUCACAAUCAGCAAUGUGACCAAGGACUCAGUUAUGGUCUCCUGGAGCCCUCCUGUUGCAUCUUUUGAUUACUACCGAGUAUCAUAUCGGCCAACACAAGUGGGACGACUGGACAGCUCAGUGGUGCCCAACACAGUGACAGAAUUCACCAUCACCAAGCUGUACCCAGCUACCGAAUAUGAAAUCAGCCUCAACAGCGUGCGGGGCAGGGAAGAGAGCGAGCGGAUCUGCACUCUUGUGCACACAGCCAUGGACAAUCCUGUGGAUCUGACUGCUACCAACAUCACUCCAACAGAAGCUCUGCUGAAGUGGAAGGCACCAGUGAGUGAAGUGGAGAACUACGUCAUUGUUCUCACACACUUUGCAGUUGCUGGAGAGACCAUCCUUGUUGAUGGAGACAGUGAGGAAUUCCAGCUUGUUGACCUGCUUCCUAGGACCCACUAUACCGUCACUAUGUAUGCCGCCAGUGGGCCUCUCACCAGUGGCACCAUCAGCACCAACUUCUCUACCCUCCUGGACGCUCCUGCAAAUCUGACAGCAAGUGAAGUCACCAGACAAAGUGCCCUGAUCUCCUGGCAGCCUCCCAGAGCAGAGACUGAGAAUUACAUCUUGACCUACAAAUCCACUGACGGAAGCCGCAAGGAGCUGAUUGUGGACGCGGAGGACACGUGGAUCCGACUGGAGGGCCUGUCCGAGAGCACAGACUACACGGUGCUCCUGCAGGCGGCCCAGGACACUGAGCGGAGCAGCAUCACCUCCACCGCCUUCACCACAGGGGGCCGGGUCUUCCCUCAUCCUCAAGACUGUGCCCAGCAUUUGAUGAACGGAGACACUCUGAGCGGGGUUUACACCAUCUUCCUCAAUGGAGAGCUAAGCCGGAAGUUACAGGUGUACUGCGAUAUGACGACCGAUGGGGGUGGCUGGAUUGUAUUCCAGAGGCGGCAGAACGGCCAAACUGAUUUUUUCCGGAAAUGGGCUGAGUACCGCGUUGGCUUCGGGAACCUGGAGGAUGAGUUUUGGCUGGGGCUGGACAACAUACACUGGAUCACGUCCCAGGGCCACUACGAGCUGCGCGUGGACAUGCGUGACGGCCAGGACGCCGCCUUCGCCUACUAUGACAAGUUCUCUGUCGAGGGCAGCAGAAGCCUGUACAAACUCCACAUAGGAGGCUACAACGGCACCGCAGGGGACUCCCUCAGCUAUCAUCAGGGCCGCCCUUUCUCCACAGAGGACAGAGACAAUGAUGUUGCAGUUACCAACUGUGCCAUGUCAUACAAGGGGGCUUGGUGGUAUAAGAACUGCCACCGGACCAACCUCAAUGGGAAAUACGGGGAGUCCAGGCACAGCCAGGGGAUCAACUGGUACCACUGGAAAGGCCACGAGUUCUCCAUCCCCUUCGUGGAAAUGAAGAUGCGCCCCUACAGCCACCGUCUCAUGGCGGGGAGGAAACGGCGGUCCUUGCAGUUCUAA